AUGUCGAAGCAAGAGGAGGACGAGAUAGCGCGGGGAUGGGUCUACCGGAUCUUCUACUGGCUCUUCUGCACGUACGCGGAGGUAGUGCAUGACAUCAGCGUGGAGGGGGAGGAGAACAUCAAGGAGGGAGAAGCCGUCCUCCUCGUCUCCUUCCACACCUCCCACAACGUCGACAUCCUUAUCUCCCUCUUCCUCAUGCGCAAGACCCUCGGCCGCGUCCCCCGGGCGCUCUUUCAUCGUCCCAUGAUGAUGUUCUGGGGUCCUCUCCUCCGCCGCUUCGGGGGAGUAUCAGGGACGAGGAAGAGGGCGGACGCGUACGAGCUCUACUGGCUGUCGCACAACUCGGGUAAGCGGCUGGGGUAUGCGCGGGUGGCGGAGGAGAUGGGGGCAGGGAGCAAAGUGAUCCCCUACUUCUGCGAGAACGCGGAGGAGAUGAAAUGGAAUCCUUUGUUCGACCUCUGGUCCUUCCUCCUCCUCGACAGACUCUACGGCGCCGUCAUGCGCAGCAUGCCCGGGCCCAUCCACUUUCUGAUGUGGCAGUUUGCUAUCCUGUGCUGGUUCUCUCUGUCCUUCUUCUCCCUCCCCGUCCCUGUGAAGGUCAUCGCGCACAUCGGGGAGCCGGUGGUGCUGCAGAAGGGGGAGCGGGCAGAGCAGUUUGCUGAGCGAGUGGAGAGAGCGCUGCAGGAGCUGAUGGUGAAGAAGCAGAACGGGACGAGGAGGAACUACUGGAAGGGGUUGAAGCAACGGAUGGAGUGGAGGAAGAAGUUGGAGUGA